AUGUACGGGUUGCAUUCACCAACAUGGACCCAACACUUGAGCAUGGCAUGAGACACACAACAGUAACAUGCGACCCGGCCAGCGCUGGUUGGCGACGACUAUGCUCCUCAUCAUCACGCAGCGAUCGGAAAUGAGGCCAGACAGAUAUAGGGACGAGCGUGACUUCUACAAAGAGAACCCAAGCAUCAGACAUCACCAUCGGCAUAAGCAUAAACACACGAACGUGCCAAAUUUGGAUGAUUUAAAAGAUAGCAACCUCUAUGACUCCAUUAGUAACUUCAAAGAUGGUUUACAUUUAAUCGAUAGAGAUUUAGUUAGUUACGAUAUGAUACCGCUGAGAGACGAAAGGGAAAGCGAUUGGUUAAACAUGUCCAACGAUCAAAUAGGUGAAGUGAAAGACAAAAAACACCAUCCACACUGGCCCAUAAAGAGAGAAGCAGUUAUUGAAGGCGAUUUAGUACUCGGAGGCCUAAUGAUGGUGCACGAGAGAUCCGAUAACAUGACUUGUGGGCCAGUGAUGCCACAAGGCGGUGUUCAGGCGUUAGAGACAAUGUUAUACACGUUAGAUAUAAUUAACAACGAACUGAAAUUGUUGCCGGGAGUGACGCUUGGAGCUCAUAUAUUAGAUGACUGUGAUAAAGACACUUAUGGACUGGAAAUGGCGGUGGAUUUUAUCAAAGGCUCAAUAAGUAACAUCGACGAUGCUGAGUACGCCUGCAACGCGACCGCAGUUCGGAAGGUGAUAUCAGGAGUGGUCGGGGCCGCCUCGAGCGUCACCUCCGUACAAGUGGCCAACUUACUACGACUCUUCAAGAUUCCACAGGUAUCAUUCUUCUCAACAUCACCGGAGCUGUCGAACAAGGCCCGAUUUGAAUACUUCACGCGCACAAUCCCAUCUGACCUGCACCAAGUGAAAGCCAUGGUGGAAAUUGUCAAGAGGCUGGGAUGGAGUUACGUGUCCAUCAUUUAUGAGGAGUCCAGUUAUGGGAUUAAGGCCUUCGAAGAGUUAGAGGCACUCCUAGCCCGCAACGGCAUCUGCAUAGCGGUGAAAGAGAAGUUGGUGAAAGACUCCGGGGUGGCGGAAGAAAAUUCCUACGACAACAUCAUCAAGAAACUGCUGAUGAAACCAAGAGCUAGAGGUGCAAUAAUUUUCGGGUCAGACCAAGAAGUGGCCGGAGUGAUGAGGGCAGUUGAGAGAGGGAAUGCUACGGGCGCGUUCAGCUGGGUAGGAUCUGAUGGAUGGAGCGCCAGGUCCCUGGUCUCCGACGGCAAUGAACGAGCUGUCGAAGGCACGAUCAGCGUGCAGCCUCAAGCCAAUGACGUCAAAGGCUUCAGGGAUUACUUUCUAUCAUUGAACGUAAAGAACAACAAGAGAAAUCCUUGGUUUGUCGAAUUCUGGGAAGAUCACUUCCAGUGCCGAUACCCGGGCAGCCCCAGGACUCCUUACAACUGGCAGUAUGAGCGGUAUUGCUCCGGGACAGAGAGACUUUCACUGGACAACACAGAAUUCGAGAGGCAACUGCAAUUCGUCUCCGACGCUGUCCUGGCAUUCGCGUAUUCUAUAAGGGACAUGCACGCAGCUGUGUGCGGUGGUAAACCAGGACUGUGCGACGCAAUGCGACCGGCGAGCGGCGCAGAUUUACUGCGUUAUCUCAGAAAAGUUAAUUUCACCGGUCUCAGCGGCGAUGAGUUCCAAUUCGACCAGAACGGAGACGGCCCUGCCCGUUACAACAUCCUGCACUUCAAACAAAUAUCCCAGGGUCACUACCGAUGGGUAAAUGUUGGCCAAUAUCUGGACGGGAAACUGUUUCUGAAUCUCGACGAUAUCCAAUUUAAGUGGGGCGAGCCUCGUCCACCGGAGUCAGUGUGCAGUGCUGAGUGCGAGCUUGGCCAAGCCAAGCAGUACGUCGAGGGGGAGAGCUGCUGUUGGCACUGUUUCAACUGUACCCAAUAUGAGAUUCGUUCGCCAUUGGUGGAGACAGCGUGCAUGGUGUGUCCACGUGGUACCCUGCCUGACCCUACCCGGACCCACUGUAGGCCCAUCCCUGAAGCUUACCUGCGACCGGACUCCGCUUGGGCGAUUGGAGCUAUGUCGUUCUCUUCUGUAGGCAUACUACUUACAGCAUUCGUGUGUGGUGUUUGGAUGCGCCACAGCUCCACCCCCGUGGUGCGUGCAAGCGGGAGGGAGCUAUCUUACGUUCUGCUCGCCGGUAUUCUUAUGUGUUACCUGGUCACCUUCGCCCUGGUCUUUAGGCCUACUGAUAUACUCUGCUCAAUACAAAGAUUUGGCACCGGCUUUUGUUUCACAGUGGUCUACGCUGCCCUCCUGACAAAGACUAACAGAAUCUCGCGUAUUUUUAACGCCAGCAAGCACUCGGCGAAAAGACCAAUCCUGAUCUCACCAAGCUCACAGUUGGCCAUAUGUGCUGCUCUAGUCUCUAUUCAGGUUUUAAUAGUGGUUGUAUGGAUGAUAGUGGCACCAGCGCGCGCCAUGUUCCACUACCCCACCAGGGAAGACAACAUGCUGGUCUGCGAUUCAUACGUGGACGCGUCAUACAUGAUCGCGUUCUUUUACCCAAUCGUCCUCAUCCUGGUGUGUACAGUGUAUGCGGUACUCACGCGGAAGAUUCCAGAAGCUUUCAAUGAGAGCAAACACAUUGGUUUCACGAUGUACACGACGUGCGUCAUUUGGUUGGCAUUCGUACCUCUAUACUUCGGUACAGCGAGCCACGUGCCCCUCCGCGUAACCAGUAUGGCUGUCACUAUUUCCCUCAGCGCUAGUGUCACGCUCGUCUGCUUGUUCUCCCCAAAGUUAUAUAUAAUUCUAAUCCGACCGGAACGAAACGUACGUCAAAGCAUAAUGCCGGUGCGGUAUAGUCGCAAGCCUGCGCCUACGCAUGCUGUAACACACACGCUAAACAAGAAACCACCGUGUGCAGAUAAAGAAACUCAAACGGACCCAUCAGAUUUCAACAAACUAAUAAACGGCCAAACUAAAAUCAUUAAUGAUAAGAAAGAAAACACCGAGCCACAGAGAGUGGAAGAAAAAACCAACGAUGCAGUCCAAUGCAACAACGUGAACUCAAUCACGAAUAAUAUUACGGACAAAACGAGCAAUGUACAUGUCGGUAAUGAUAAAGCCGUUACGUUAUAGCAACAACAUUCGUCCAAAUCGCUCACAGAAGUUUUCACAAGAAAAAGUAACAAUAGUUUAAAAAAGAAAAGCUGCUCCUGCAAAAUGAGGGAACGGAAACCGGUAAUAGUUUAAAUGAUGUCGAGGCAAAUGAAUGCAUUAGUGGUGAUUCAUCUAUAGUUCUUCCUAUUAGCCUAAUUUACAAUUGUAGCCAUAUAUUAUGUAUAUUGGAACGCUUCGUUGAUAUGCGUGUAAAAAAACAAUAUAAGUGGCUUUGUAUAUUAGAGCCAAAUCUAUUCCAUUACAAAUAAUCGACAACAAAUUAAUUUAUGUAAAUAAAUCCACAUUUUCAUAUAAAAAUAUAGUAAUUGCUAGCUGUAGGCAUUAUCUUUUGUAAAUAAUGGAUGUAUAUAUAUAAAAAGUAAAGACAAAUAGUGAUGUGUUAUGUAUAUAUGGUGUAUUUAAUGUUUAACAUUGCAUUUGUUAUAUCAAAUACCUAGUAGAUAAGGUAACUGAUAUAAAACAACGUGCGCAGGGUACAGCUUUGAGCCAGGACAGUACUGACAGAAUUGGUAUUCGCUUUCAUUGGAUAAUGUUUAAAAAUUAAGACUGUUGCGUUUGGAUAGGUUAACGUAUUAAAAAUAAUAUUUAAUCGAUUAGUAAAUAAGUAUCGAUAUAUAAAUGUAAAGCCAUGCUCUACUAUCACUCUUUGUAUUUAAUCAAAUAAUACUAUCUAUAUAGGUGCCUAUCAUAACGUGUAUUCUAAUAUACUUAAUACUAAUAGAUCGGUACGUAACUUUGUUUCUAUGUCUAUUACAUUAAUUGCAAUAUUUAAUCCUGCUGGGAUUGGUACAAUGAGGAAGUUUAUCAAAUCUUACAUAUGAACAUCUGUCUCGUCUAAUGUUCUUAUAGCUAGACUGCUAUGUUUACACAAUGUUACACUUUGAUGAGUGAGUUCCAGCUGUAAAAUUACUAGGUUGUGUGGCAUAAGAUAUUUUGCAAACAAAGGUCGACAAUGCCAUCCAAGAUAUAUCUGAUAAAUAUGCUGACCUCUGCUUUGAAUUUUAAUAUCGGUCGGUAAAAUAUGAAGACUCUCUUGCUUCUUGUACUUUUUUUAUAUUAUUUUAAGGGCUUUUAACUUCUUCAGGUAUGUGAGUCCUAUUGUACCCUGAACUGAUUUCUCAAACAAAACCUUAUCUACUUUCCCUGCUUCCUUUCUUAAUUGUGAGUAUAUUCGACAGAUCUAUCAACGUUGGUCUUCAUUCAUUAUUUUAGACUUUGGCAAGUCAUUACAACUGUUAAAUUGUCUACUUCUAAAUAUAUAAUAUAAAGUUGAUGUGAUAUUAACAAUUCAAAACGUUCCACUUUUGAAUCUCUCCCAUUAAGCUACAUAAGGAGGAUAUAGCCGAAUCCCUCAAAGAUUAUAGCCUGAUUUAAUCAUGUUUAUUUUUAAUGGAUGACAAUGAAAUGGUAACUCCACCUGUGCUAUCGGUAUACGCUGAAGGGUGAUAGGUGAGGAUGACGCAGGUCGAUUAAGCCAUCAUGACGAAUUCAAUAAUUUUUUACUUUGUAUUUGUGUUUUUUGCUGUUUGUGUGCUGUAAGUAAUGCAAAUACAUUAUUUAUCUAUCUAUCUAUCUGUAAGAAUUGUUCACGAUGGUUUCCAGGGGGAACCACGUGGAAGUCGUCCUUAUAGGGCAUAAAGCUAGCAAUGGGACUGUCAAACUCCAUUGCUAACAAUCCCUUUCCGCCCGCUUUAAUCAUUGUACAGUUGCAUAUCGAGAUUUGCUUCCCUUGCACUAGUGAUUUGUGCUUUGUUCUCCCAGUCUGCUUUUACGGUAUCUUGGACGUGAAAAGAAGCGACGAUACAUUUUUUUCUUACUGUAUCGCCACUCAGAAAUGGCACGAAAUGUUACAAUCAAAGAGUAUAUAAAUUAUAAUAAAUAAUUAACCCAACUAGGAUUCGAAAAUCAAUAGGUAGUGUACAAAAUAUCUUUGUUCCUCCCAAUUCAGUUGAUUGAACUAGUCAGAAUUUUUUUCUAACUUUUUCAAUUAAAAUAAUAUCUAAAAUUUAUUGUUUAUUAUCUAAUUUGUUGAUUAUUAUUUAACUGAUAAUAUUACGACGAUCUGCUGACUCAUUAUAAACAUAUAAAUUUUAAUUUGCUAUUUUAUUAAAUAAUGAAUGAAUGAUAACUUUAUUUGCUUGAAUACAAGUUAUUACAUAAGAAGUAGUUAAAGAAUAGUAUCUCUGCAUUCAACCGUAUGGCGUGCAAAUAUUUUAUUUGAAAUACGUUGAUACCUAUUGUCCUAACAGCUAAUUAAAUUAGUCCUAAAAGUCCUUAAUCUCCUAAUCUAUACUAAAACCAUAAUUGCUCAAUCUAACGAUCGCAAUUUGGUCAAAUAUUUAGAAUGGCAAAAAUUAGAGUGCAAUAAAAUUAAGGGUGACUGACUGUUAAAAAUGGCGCCAAAUUUGAACGGAACCGACCGUUAAAAAAGGCGGCAAAACUAUUAGAUUGAGUAUUUAUCACUAUUCAUUCACACAAUGUAAAGUCCACAAUUAUUUAUAUACUACUAAAGUAUUACUAACAUAUUACUAAAAUAAAACUUCCAUCGCGCCACAGUGUAAAGAACUAGUGGUGUAACUCUAUUAACAUGUCCCGAAUGAUUAUAUGACAAUUCGAGACACGUUCUGUCUAGACUUGUCCGUUGGACGGCUAGUACGAAAGCUCUUUACGCUGUGAUGCAACGUUUAUUAAAAAAAAAAAAUUAGUGAUUAUAAAACUAAACUAUAUAUUAAUAGCUCCUGUAUUUAUAUUUGUACGAAGUAAAAAUGUAUAUUGUUAUGAUACGUAAAUUGUAUAAAAUGUCAUUUUUUUUACACAACUUGUCACUACCGUCUUUUGCUUGCCCUGCGCAUGGUAAUAAAUUAUAUCUACUAUUAGUAAAAAUAUUUACGAAAAUAAA